UAAUGCUGCCUCUAGGAGAGAGAGAGAGAGAGAGAGAGAGAGGUGAAAAGAAUCCGAUCCGAUCCCUCGACCCACCCGGGGAACCAUCUCUCGUCGGGCUGCUACCUGAGUGCUUCUUCCAUGUAUCGAGGGUUUUGGGGGUAAGUUUCGAGCAAUUCUCGGAUUGAAAUUAAUUGGUUUUAUCUGUGGUUGAUGGGUCUUCUCCAACAGCUAUAGGCGUGAUUCAGGGAAUUUGGGAUUGGACAUUAUAGUAUUCUCUGAUUAUCACAGGGCACCAGAGCACAAAUUUGAUAAAAAAGAUGAGUGAUGACAGCAUGCCUGAUGAAUCAGAUGUGGCAUAAAUGGACCCAGAAGUGUACAUGCAUAUUCUUCAAUUAUCUUGUGCUGAGGACGAUCAUUAGCGAAACUUCUCAUGCUAGACGCAAGAGCUGGACAUCGUCCAACUAUUGUUUAUAGGCCCAUACGGCCUUCUGAUCUUGAAGUUCUUGAGCAGAUCCAUGCUGCUUUAUUUCCUAUAAGGUAUGAGAGAGAAUUCUUUUUCAAUGUGGUUAAUGGCCAUGGCAUUAUAUCCUGGGCUGCUGUUGACAUUAGCAGGCCUGAUGGUCAAAACGAUGAGCUAAUUGGAUUUGUCACUAUGCGUAUUAUCCCAGCAAAAGAAAGCGAGAUUGAUGAUUUGCUCAGGUACGGUGCUUCGAGAAAAGAUCAAAUACUAGUUUAUGUAUUGACACUUGGUGUAGUAGAGCGUUAUAGAAAUCUUGGCAUAGCUACUUCACUGGUUCGGGAGGUAAUUAAAUAUGCUUCAAGCAUUCCUAACUGCCGAGCAGUAUAUUUGCAUGUUAUUGCUUAUAACCAGCCAGCCAUCAAUUUCUAUAAGAAGAUGCUAUUUAAGCUUGUAAGAAGAUUGCCAAAGUUUUACUACAUUCAGGGCCAGCAUUAUGACUCAUACUUGUUUGUGUACUAUGUAAAUAGUGGUCAAUCUCCCUUCUCUCCAUUAGAAAUUAUGGCAGCAGUGGCAGCAUACUUUAGGGGCUUCUUUAGAAUGUUAUCUGCUAAACUGUGGAGGAAUGGACAAAAGAAUCUCCCAAGAUGGUCCAAGUGUAAAGAAACUAGCACUCUCUUAGUUACUCAAAAUAAAAGGAUCCUUCGUUCAGAGAAUGCUAUAUGUUAGUGGUUCAUCAGCCGCAGGUCAAGAUUGCAACUCAUCAUUUAAGCGUCAAGAAGCUUCCAAAUUUAACUUUUCCAUUGAUCAUCACUGCUGUUGUAUCUUUUCUUUCCAUGGCAGUAAACAAUCACACAUCUGUAAUUACAUUAGUGUCAUAUUUAUUAUCCUCACAUUGUAAAAUAAACUUUCAGGCCUUAUCAAGGCAAAUUUUAUUAACUAAUCUCAGUAUCACUUCAUCAA